GCUCAGUUCCCCGCCCUCCCGGAAGUUGUUGCACAGUCGUUUCCGGGGUGGCGUGAGGUUGGGGAGGACUCCGAAUGGGUCGCAGCCGCAGCCGGUCCCCGCGGAGGGAGCGUAGGCGGUCCCGGUCCACCUCCCGAGAGAGAGAACGCAGGCGCCGAGAAAGGUCCCGGUCCCGAGAGCGAGAUCGGAGAAGAAGCCGCUCUCGAUCCCCGCACAGAAGACGUUCCAGGUCCCCAAGACGACAUAGAUCCACAUCUCCUUCCCCUUCUCGACUAAAAGAAAGAAGAGAUGAGGAGAAGAAAGAAACAAAAGAAACAAAGAGCAAAGAACGUCAGAUAACUGAGGAAGACUUGGAGGGCAAAACAGAGGAAGAAAUAGAAAUGAUGAAGUUAAUGGGAUUUGCCUCCUUUGACUCCACAAAAGGGAAAAAGGUGGAUGGCUCUGUAAAUGCCUAUGCCAUAAAUGUGUCUCAGAAGAGGAAGUAUAGGCAGUACAUGAAUCGAAAAGGUGGAUUCAACAGACCUUUGGAUUUUAUUGCAUGAGAAUUGAAAUAUUGAAGAAUGAUUUUUUUCCCCUCAUCUUGAUCAGAACAGUGGAUAUUGUAUUUUGUAUUUAAUAUGCAUCAAAAAUAGGAUCACAGUCCCUCCUCCUUGUAAAGUAAGAAAGUUUUAUUUAUGAUGUGUGUAGUUCACUUACCCUGCCUCAAAAAAAGGUUAAAUAUUACAUUUUUUUCCUUUAGGAAAUUUCAUUUGGGGCAAUCAUCAACCCCAUUUUUUUGUCCUUAUUCCUAUGGAAACUGUGUAUGUCUUCUUCUUGGAUGUUCUUUAUGACUUUUUAAAACACAUAAGAGUAAUUUGG